CUGGUGAACUGUAAAGUGCCUUGAGAUGACAUGUGAAGUGAAUUGCCGCUAUAUAAAUAAACUGAAUUGAAUUUAAUUGAACUUCUAAAUUUUUUUUUUUUACCUAGGCUUAGAAACACCGUUUUAAGUGUGGCUUAGAGUCCCCUAAAUAUUUAGUUACAUAUAUUUAGGGAAAUAAACCAACACUUUUGCCCUACAUAUGCGUGAGAGCUGUUCACACACCCCUCCUCUUCCUUUUUACACUUCCUGGUUAAAAUCAACGUCACCGCUAAUUAGUUUCCAUGGCAACCACAAACUCCGAAGAAAGUGCUGCGAAUAAAACCAGCUGCCAAGAGGCUUUCUAUCAACUAUGGCGUCGACCUCCAGCAUCCUCCCUCUUGCUUUACCGAAAGGAAAGAAAAAGUUUUGCGAGCUAUGUCAUGGCGAGGCGUAUUUUCAAUGCAGCAAGUGUCGAGUAACCUUCUAUUGUAAUGUGGAGCACCAGCUGGCUGACUGGGCGGGAAUCCAUGAAACGAUUUGUCAGCUGCUUGUUCCCAUACGUGCCCCAACAGAUAUCCCCAACCAAGCCGCCCUCAGGGCAAACCAGCUAAAGAAGGUAGAGCUGAUUAGGAUUUGCAGGUUGGAGGCUCAAUGCAAGCUGUUGGAGGGAAAACAUCAAGAGGCACUUCCUGCUGCUCACUGCUGCCUCCAAACAUCCAUUGACGUACAUGGUGUUAGCAGCAUUGAGCUCGUUCCUGCCUAUUUGCUGUUGGCGGAGGCCAACGCUGGCCUGAAUAAUACUGCUGCUGUAGCAAGACACCUUUCAAAGGCUGAGCUCACCGUGGUGAGGAGUCCAGAACCAGGACCUUUCAUCCAACACUGGCUUCAUAGGAGCCUGGGCCAAUUCUGCAUGGCAGCUGGAAAACUGGAAGCAGCUCUGCAUCACUUUGCAAAUGAUAUAUACUAUGCCACUGAGGAGUAUGGUUUUGACAGCGCCACCACCUCUAAGGGCUACUUUCUAAUGGCUGCCGUGUUUUUCAGACAAAAGAAGUUGACCCUGGUUCACUACUUAUAUUCUAAGGUCGCACAAAGUUGGCACAACCAUCUCAGCGGUCUGUUGAAAACCUACACCAAUGUCCUCCAGAACUCUGCUGUGUCGCCAUAUUCCUCUUAUGAAAAAUCCCAGCUGGUUGAAAUGGAGGAGAUGCUGAGAACCAUGUUGGAAUUUCAACAAAAGGAGUUCAGAAAAAACGCAGUUCAGGCAGCGCUGUUGACCCACUGCCUGGCCAUGUUGUGGCUGCUCAGAGGAGACUUCCAAAAGGCGCUGGGAUUUGGCAGCACAGCCCUGCAGGCCAGCCAGCAGAUAGCAAAACAUGACCUGACAGAAUCCAUCCAGGGGCUGCUGCAGCAGGUGCAGAGUCUGCAGGCUGAACCACGGCCUGCUUCUGGUUAGGCAACACCCCUGCUCUGCCUUUUGGUUCUUCCCUGAGAUCUAUUCCAACGAUGUUUUCAACCUUACAGUUCAUCCACACAGGGAUGGAGAGAGUAGCUGAAAAGUUAAAUAAUAAAACAUUUUAUUAUUCAUCCACUUAUCAUUUGUGAAUGUAUGUACUUUGAAGAAAGAUGCCCUUUUUCCUGUUUUAACUUUUUAGACUUAAAUGUAUAAAAGGUAAGUAAUCAAAUUAUGAUUUGUAAAAGAGAAAAACUUCAUUAUGAAACCACAAUAACCAUCUAGUUGACUCCUGAACUGAUGUAUUAAUCCUCUUCAGGACCUCAACCCACCCUCAUUAUUUAAAUCAUUAAAUUAGAAGCUGUCUAGUAACAAAGCAGGACACACGAUCUCAUAAAGCAACACACCCCAAUUUAAAACAGCUCAAGAACAGCAGAGAAACAAAGUUCUGAUAUCUUUAAUCUGGAAAGGGUUAAAAAGCCCAAUCUGAGCCACCGGGUUCCAGUGAACCACAAAAACAUGCAGCAAGUGAUAAACCUUCCCAUGAGUGUCUGGUCUACCAAAAUUACUCCAAGAACCCAUCGACGACUCAUCACACAGGAACCCAAAACGCAUCUAAGGCUCUGCAGGCCUCACUUGCAUCAAUUAAGGUCAGUGUUGAUGAUUUAAUGAUAAGGAAGAGACACUGAGUAAAAAUGACCUCCACUACAGAGUUUUAUGACCGAAAACAUUGCUGACCUGAAGCAACAUGAAGACCCAACUAACAUUCAACAAAAACAUGUUAAAUACUUAGCAGAAAAUGAGCUGUGGACAAGGAGACUAAUGUGGGACUACAGGAUCUGCAGUUCUCCUUAAGUUUUAGAGAAACAAGAUCAUCACUAUAGUUAUGUAACGACUGGCUGCCAGUUUCUGGUAAACACUUAUAACAGUUGCUGCUAAACUAGUGAUCAGGUUUUUGGAGGCAAUCUCUUUUUUGGUUCUCUGUUUCUUCAUAAAAAAGUUGAUUUUAGAUAUUUUAUUAGGUUAACUUUGCUUGAUAACAUUUUUUUUUUUUUAGAUGAAACGUCUUAAACGUCAACGUUUGACUAAAAAAGCAAAACUAUAAUUGUUUCCUCUUACAUGCAAACUUAAAACAAUCAAAUAAAAAUCCAAAGGGCACAUUUUCAUUGGUUGGAAUAAUGACUCUUUAUUCUAAUCAAAAAAAGAUGGAUCUAUAUUUACAUGAUUUUGGACAUUUGUGAACAACAAUCUUAAGCCAGAAAUAAAACAAAGCAAAAGGGAAGUGACAUUUACUGGGACAGUUUAUGCAACCACUUUCAUAUUUUCCAUCUUAACAGUCUUGAACUCCUUUAUAAA